AUGAAGUACAUAUGCGACCGAUGCCUACACUACUUCCACACAAGCGAGAAGCUGGCGGUACACAUCAUGGACUGUGAACGAUUGAACGACAGCGCAGUCGUUCUUCUCGUUGAGGGAAAGAACCGUUUGAGAUUUGAGAAUUAUAACAACAAAGAACGUGCUCCAAUGGUGGUAUACGCCGACUUGGAGUACGUACUGGAGAAACAGGACGAGGAACGGAAUGCAUCGAGCGCGCACAAGUACCAAAGACACAGUGUGUUCAGCAUCGGUUAUUACGCGAGCUGCGAGCACAUCAACAUCGGAUACAGAUCUCAUAGAAGCGAGAACUGCGUACAGUGGUUCGUGACUGAACUGCACGAUCUCGCGAAACGUGCAAAGACUUUGUUCGCGGCAAAUGUAUCCAUGGCGAAUCUCACACCGUUGGAGCUCGAGCUGUUUAGGAACGUCAAUUAUUGCCACGUGUGCGAACGACCGUUCAAGCGAGAUGACAAGAGGAUAUGCGACCACUGUCAUCUGACGGGACGCUUCAGAGGACCCGCGCACUCCGCGUGCAAUCUGAAUUACAAACAGGUCUACGUUGUUCCCGUUGUGUUCCACAACUUGUCGGGAUACGACGCGCAUUUUAGUAUCACAGAUAUGGCUACCGCUUUCGAGGGUGAGAUCAACAUGCUGCCCGUGACGAAAGAAACCUACAUAUUGUUCACAAAACAUGUGAGCAGUACUCGGGACGAAGACGAACAGAAAUGCGUGCAAUUGCGGUUUAUCGAUUCUUACAAAUUUUUGAGCAAAAUCUUAGAGAAGCUCGCGUCCUAUCUCAACANGAGCGAACUGCGAGUGACUCGAACGGAAUUCAGAGAUCUCUCCGCCGAGAACUUUGAACUGCUUACGCGAAAAAGUGUGUUUCUAUACAAAUAUGUGGACAGCGUCGACAAACUGUUGGAAACCAGUCUGCCACCGCGCGAGGCGUUUUACAGUUUGCUCAUCGGUGAGACCGUGAUGGAAAGCGACGACUUGUAUCUAAAGACAGACGUACUUUUGCUGACCGAUGUAUUUGAAAACUUCCGUUGCGAGUGCCUCGCGAGUUACGGACUGGAUCUCGCGCACUACUACACGCUGCCUGGAUAUACAUGGGACGCCAUGUUAAAGCACACUUGUGUGACAUUUGAGCUGUUGAUCGACAUCAAAAUGAUGAUGUUUGUGGAACGCGGCAUACGUGGCGGUUUGAGUCAAUGUUCAAACAGAUACGCCCGGACGAACAACAAGUACGCGCAUUUGCACGACUCGUCCGCACCGUCGACGUAUCUGAUGUACUACAACGUGAACAAUUUCUACGGAUGGGCAAUGUGUCAACCGCUUCCGUACGAUAACUUCACAUGGGUGGAGAACGCGUCCGAGUUCGAUGUAUCAACGGUCGCGGUAGACAGCGACGUCGGCUAUAUACUCGAGGUGGAUCUGACGUACCCAAAAGAACUGCACGACGCGCACAGCGAUUUACUCUUUUGUCCGACGCGUGAGGAACCGCCCGGUAAACAUGGAAAGAAUCAUGUCAAACUGCUCGCCACGGUGUUCGACAAGAAGCGCUACGUUAUUCACUGCUUCAACCUGCAGUCUGCGGCACGGGCUUCGCCUAACGCGAAUACAUCGGGUGCUGCGGUUCUCGCAAUCGCCUUGGCUGCGCGAACAAUAGAGAACGUGCGCAAGUACACCGACGUACGACUCGUUACAAAAUGGAAAGGACGAUACGGUGCGGAGGCGCUCAUUGCAAAACCAAACUUCCACAGUCGCAGCGUAUUUGCUGAGGAUCUGGUGGCCAUAGAACUUCGUCGUCUAGAAGUUUUAUUUAACAAACCGUUAUACGUUAGUAUGUGCAUACUCGACAUAUCGAAGACCUGUCUUUACGAAUUUUGUUAUGACUACAUGGCACCGUUGUACGGUGACGAUUGCAAAAUCCUCUACACCGAUACCGACAGUUUGAUAUACCACAUAAAGUGCAAGGACGUGUACGAGAAUAUGAUGCGCGAUAUCGCUCGCUUCGAUACAAGCGACUAUCCAACGGACAAUCUAUCGAUGCCUCGCGCUAAUAAGAAGGUACUAAGGCUUAUGAAGAAUGAGAACAACGGUGCUGUUAUGACAGAGUUAGUGAGUUUGCGCGCAAAGAUGUACGCGACUCGAGUGGGCGACAGCAAAUGCACAAAAAAGGUGAAGGGUGUGAAAAGGAGCGUUGUCGCGAGAACAAUCAUCUUCAACGACUACGUUCGGUGUCUGCGGGACGCGAUUGAACGAACGCGACAGCAGUCAUGCAUACGAUCUCAGCUGCACGAAGUAUUCACCGUUUCGGAACAGAAGCUCGCUCUGAGCCCGCAUGACGACAAGCUGUGCAUUGUCCAUGGAUUGACCGAGACUUUAUCGUGGGGUCACUACAAUAUCCCUAACUAA